AUGCACUUCAGCAUUGCUACCCUCCUUUUGAUACAGAACUGUAUUUCUUUUUCCCGCAACCAGCUAAAGUGUGAGUCCCCUGUGGUCGGGCAUGAUUCUGACAGCCGGACGCAACGCAAUCAAACUUCUGUAUCGUUGACCUCGACGCCGGGACAGUUUUCGCCUGUAUCCUCACGAAGGGUGGAACCGGAAGAGACGAAGGUUGACGGCAAUCACUUCAAUCGCCCAGUCGCAAGUGAAGACGCGCAAAUGGGCGAGAACGAUCGAGGUGAAGAGUUGACUGUCGAUGCUGAUGGCUACCAGAUAAUUGGGCGCCAACAAACCAUGGUUUCUGUUCAGACUUUGCGGCAGACGAAAUCUCCCAGGCUGUACGAAUGUGCUGAUAAAGUUGAGCAUUCUGUUGGCAGUUUGGCUGGUUGUCGAAAAACCCAAUGGGCUACAAGCAGACAAUCGAGCCUUAUGGAGACGUACGAGGUUGUAGAUGAUGAAUUGGAGGAGCUGACUGUGGUGAAACGAGAGGCGCAAGAGUUGACUCUGGGCGAGCUGGUCGUCCAAUCGUUGCAUCGGUUGAUUUGGUUGUCACGAAAAGAUGCCACAAUUUCCGCUUCCAGUGCUUCCUCCAGCUCAACGAUGUCAGCCACCGCGAUUGCUACGCUUCGGGGGCACUUUGAUCAAUCAAAAAUUGACGUGUGGACGGUUAGUAUUCACUAA